AUCUUCUCUCACCCUGCGUUGCUGGCGUGCGGCGGCGCAAGCCUCGCGGGGGUCCCGCGCUCACCCUCAGGGGGCCGGGGCCGUCGGGGCUUUGUGCAGCGUUCCCGCGCGCGAGAGGGGCGGGACGGCGCGGUCCCCACGGGGCUCGCGCACGACUUCCCGGUGCCUGGCACUUCUGCCGCCUCCGUCCCGACGAGCGCGGACGGGAUGCCUCAUUUUAAAGACCCAGAUCCGCGCGUCUGGCACCGGCACCCAGUGCCCUGGCCUGCGGGGAUUGCGAAUUUGACAGCUCCUCGGGCCCCGGCGCAGAGAGGGUGUGUCUGCGAAUCCCAGGCCCGGAAGGCAGGCGAGGAGCGGUUUUCUUUCGGUCCCCGGCAUCCCUCCUCCCCUUCGUUUAGUACUCGAAGAGUUUUCUUCUAAGACCCAGUUGUAUCAAGUGUGUAGGUUUUGCGGGAUUUAAAACGAAACAAAACAAAAAACUUUUUUUUUUGGCAUUUCUGCCCUUCGUCUAUUGACUGGAAAAAUCAUGAGUUCGUCAGGAUGCCAUCUGCUCGGUUUUCAGCCUGUAUGCUUCAGUUUGUAAGCCACUUGUGCUGGCGUCAGCUGACCGAGACAGCUGGGACACGCUCUGCACCCGGGCAAGAAGAGCUCAUUCUUGGGGAAGUCACAUGUGAUGUGUGGUUGAUUUGAAAUUGUUGCUCGGACAACAUGUUUAUUUCUCUGUGGGAGUUCUUCUAUGGGCACUUUUUCCGGUUUUGGAUGAAAUGGGUCUUACGACAGAUGACUGGGAAGUGUGAACUGCAGCGAAUUUUUGACACCUAUGGCGGCGCACAGAGGACAUACAGGAUAGAAAACUCCUUGACAUAUUCCAAGAGUAAGGUCCUCCAGAGUGCCACACGAGUUGCUGAGAGUGAGCUGGACAGAUGUGUAGCAGACAUAAUGAAGGAGAAGAACAUCUGCCGGGAGAAAGACACCAGUUUUCAGAUAUGCAUGAGGACGUGCUUACUGCAGAUAUCUGGCUAUAAGCAGCUCUACCAGGCUGUGGAAAAUGUGAGGAAAAAACCCUACGAUUCUGGCAAUGCACAGCAUGAGAAACUGCUCCUCAAGCUUUGGAGUCUUCUGAUGCCUACAGAAAAGUUGAAGGCCCGGAUCUCCAAGCAGUGGGUGGACAUUGGUUUCCAAGGUGAUGAUCCCAAAACAGACUUCAGAGGCAUGGGCAUACUUGGACUGAUCAAUCUUGUGUAUUUCAGUGAAAAUUACACCAGCGAAGCACACCAGAUUCUUUCCCGUUCAAAUCACCCCAAAUUAGGGUAUUCAUAUGCAAUAGUUGGAAUCAAUCUCACAGAGAUGGCUUAUAGCUUACUGAAGAGUGAAGCCCUGAAGCUGUAUCUCUACAACUUUGUCCCUGGGAUGCCAACCAUGGAGCACUUCCAGCAGUUCUACUGUUACCUUGUCUAUGAAUUUGACAAGUUUUGGCUUGAAGAAGAACCAGAAAGCAUUAUGUACUUCAACUUGUACCGAGAGAAGUUUCACGAGAAGAUUAAAGGACUCUUAAUGGAUUACAACACUGCGCUCACUUUGAAAACAUGAGACACACACAGCAUCCUCUCUUUCUACCACAUUUUGCACACACCGCAGAAUUUAUAUGUUAUAGAAAUUAUCUGAUCAACUACACUCUUAUAUAUAAUUUCCUACAAAAUCCUUCAGAACUCUAUUUAAAAAGCUAGUGGACAAUCAGUGUAUGUUUACAGUUGUUUAUACACUGUUCUCCACAGGUUCGCGCCCUUCCAAAGAGCCCUUCUGGAGUCACGUGAACUACAGUUUGGAACUUGGGACUUAGCCUAUUAGCGUAAAAGUCUAAAUCAGGUAUAUUUAUAUUUAGUCAGUUGACUAAAUGUGCACGAAUCUCAUUUUUAUGUGUUGUAGCUCUCAAGCUGGUGUCCUUUCCAAAAAUUUAAAACUCUUCAAGAUGAUUUUUCAGUCUGGAAAUGGCUUUUGAGUGUGCUUUGUCUCUUUUAUUUCUAGCCAAUGGGCACCGUGUGCACUCUAAGGCUUCCUUUGUGUCCCCAGCACUUGUCAGGGUGUCCCUGCCUUAGAGCAGGGGGAGCAUGGUUCCAUCAGAGAGGGCUUCUUUCUCAAUUUCUCUGGAGACCGAACAUGACAGAAAAUGAGAGAAUGGCAGCCUGGGUGACUCUGUUUUUAUUGCCACGUAGCAUAUUUUGGGGGUCUUAUUUCAAGGUUUCCAGGCAUUUACCCUUGCUCAAUGUUUGCUUUUAUCAGCUGCAUAGAGAACCUUCCUCAGAGCUCCCCAGGAGGCAUCUGCCCCUGUGUUAGAGAGGAACUGCAUCUACUAAGAAAAUCCUGACUUUGGAAACAUGGUUUCUUUUAAGAUAAAACUAUCUUUGAAAACUAUACAGGAAGAAAACUGAGAGCUUUCGCAAAAUCUCUGAUCUCCAUCAUUGGUGUGUUUGACUUGCUGUUCAUUUUUCCUUGGCCUUGCUUUGACUCUGGUGUUUCUGGGCAAUGAUGUAGGGACCUGGUCAACAGGCUGUGGGGUGCCAUAGCCUGGACUAUGACUGUGCUUUUGUAUAGCUUUACUCCCCCAAAGCUCAGGAGGGUGACAAGUACUGCUGAGGAUCAGACGUGAUGAGAUUCUGAAGGGAUGCUUUCCUCUGGGCAUGUUUUAGAGAUUUGUUUUCAGAGAAAAAUUAAAAGAGUCUAAAGAUAGGAAACGAUUAUUGGAUUCUGAAGCAGUGCUUAAGUCCCGUGGGGAAAAGUUCACAAUAUCAUAAGUUAGAAUAUGGUGCUAUUUUGCACAUGUUUUAGUAUCAGGUAUUUAAAGACUAGCUUAUGUGAUAGAGGAAGAUCUGGUACUUUCCAUCAGUUGGUGUGUGUCUUUUUCAAACCCCUAUCUUCAUGCUGGUCGAAGAGUGGCACAGAUGCCCACAUGACGCCGUGGCUGCAGUGUUGCAUAGCCCGUGCAUUACAGUGCAUGGGUUAAAAGUGUUUUUCCUCAAGGAAGAUGGAACUUUUUUUAAAAGUAGGUUUAUUUUAUAAUACUAGAAAGGAUUUAGCUUUUCAGUAUUAUAGGAACUUAAUAAUUGACUUCUUACUAGGGGACUUUCUCAACCCUGGUCAUAUACUCGUUUCACUUGUGAGGAAUCUUCUGUCAUCCAGGUUGUAUGAUGAACUAUAUAGCAAACCCUAACAAGGAGCACAUGUCGGCCGUCUUUGUUCAUCGUCUGUGUGAUACCUUUUCCGUGGAGAGCAGGUGUGUAAGUCUUUAACUUCUGCACUAAAGUACUUACCAUUGUAUUUUAACUUUUCAACAGCUUUGAUCUCGAACUGAUUUAACUCUUUAUCAGCAUAUUUAAUAAAAAGACUACUUGAAGUGUGAAAGAGGAAAUGUUUAAGUAAUUAAGCAUUUCCCAGCAGGAAACCUCUACUGAUGUUAAGAACAUCUUGUCAUAGUUUGGUUAAUGUCACAGUCGUUAAAUUCUCCUUUGUUUGUACAUUACAGAUAUUGUUUGUUUUUAUUAAAAUUAUCAUUAACCAUUUCAGAUAAUUAUAAAGUGAACUGAUCUUAAGUUCCAGAAUUUGACCAUCACCAGUUGUCCACUAGAAUGGAACAUGAACCCUCUGGCCGACAGGCUAGGCAUAUGCAGCAAAGGAACAGCACAGCCAAUAGCCUUUACUUUCAAAGAUGUCACGAUUUUAUGUAGUUUUGAAAUCCAUGUGCAGAUGUUUACCUGUCUAAAAGUAGUAAAAUGACAGUGUGACAAUAGUCACAGCAUUUGAGUAGCAGGAGGUUAUACUAGCUUCAGUAGAAGUCAGGGUGGAGAUGAAUCUCUGUGCGCGAGGUUGAAGAAAGUUUACCAGUGACAAGAGCAGCGUAAACAGUAACAGCUCCAGGUCAAAUGCUGUGAAAGAUAAUCUUUCUAAAAAUGGGAGACAUCAGGUGUUUAGACCAGCCUCUUUGUAAAUAAAUGUAGCAGUCCAACUGGCAUAAAUCUGAAUUUAAGCUGGUGACAUUUACAGUUCAGAAAUCAGAAUCUUUUUCUUAAAAAUCCCUACCCUGUUUUUUCUUUUCUAUAUUAGGAGCUACUUUGAUUUGUAUGUAUUUUCCUAUGAAAAUGUAAACACUCAUUCUUCUUCCUUCAAUGUUGAUCGCCAUUCUUAUUCUGUCCAUUGAGAAUAGUCAACGAAAGGAAUUUUGAUUAAAAGCUUUGCUCAAAGGAAAAAAAAAAAAAAACCCUAAUUUGGGUGUGAAAAGCCCCUGCUCAUUUCUGUAGCCGAGGGUGUCAGGGCACGGAAGAGGGCAGUUUGCCCGGGAGGGUGAUAAUGCUGACUUCUGGGGUCAUGACUGAGGGCCACCGCUGAGUCCUCAGGACAGAUGCUGCAUGCUAAUCCAUGGAGAUCCUGCGGCUGGGGGACUCUGUGUCAUGUUCACGGUUCGUAGUCUCUGCACACAGCAGCUGUCAAAUGGAGAUGAGCGAGCUGUUAGUACUCUGAGAGAUGUCGUGCCUUGUAUUAUUGUUUUUUUUUUCUGCCUCCAGUUUUUGUUGGGAUAAGGUUUUAAAUGUAGUGUAGGUAGGACCAAGACCCACAUUAACUUCGGUAGGGUAGCUCUACGUUCUUAUUAAAGUGCUGACAAACAUUUAAGCGGUAGUGUUCCCUGCAGGGAAAGUACUGGUGGGCAACUUAAAUUUCUGUCUAUUUUGCAUCAGGCAUUUGAGUUUCAAGUAAAAGCAAUGGUGUGA